UACUCGGUCCAUCCAAAUCUAGCGUGCGGGUGACUCAGAUCCUCCCGGGAAGGUUCUCGAAGCUCUUCAGCCGCCACUACCAAAAGUUUUGGGCCUCCGCGGGGAAAUCAUACGUGGUGAGUCCAAGCUACAACAACUUCGGGGCCAUCAACAAUUACGUACGGAAGCUCAUCUAGCUGGGGAUUAAACAGACUACGAAUCGAAGCCGGUACUGAUCCACGCGCGCUUCCAUCAUGUCCACCGCUAUCGUGCAGGGCGACGACCUCAUGGAGCCCACGCUCCAGUCGGUUGUCAACCAGAAGACCCUCCGUUGGAUUUUUGUCGGCGGUAAAGGAGGUGUGGGUAAGACCACGACCUCCUGCUCUCUCGCGAUUCAGCUUGCCAAAGCUCGCAAAUCCGUCCUGCUCAUCUCCACCGACCCCGCACACAACCUGAGCGAUGCUUUUGGACAGAAGUUUGGAAAGGAGGCCCGGCUGGUCGAUGGGUAUUCGAACCUCAGCGCCAUGGAGAUCGACCCGAACGGUAGCAUCCAGGAUCUGUUGGCCAGUGGGGAAGGACAGGGUGAUGACCCUCUUUCUGGAAUGGGCGUCGGCGGUAUGAUGCAGGAUCUGGCGUUCAGUAUUCCCGGUGUCGAUGAAGCCAUGUCCUUUGCCGAAGUUUUGAAGCAGGUCAAGUCGUUGUCCUACGAGGUGAUCGUGUUCGAUACUGCGCCGACCGGCCACACCCUUCGCUUCCUCCAGUUUCCAACCGUUUUGGAGAAGGCUCUUGCGAAGCUGUCGCAGCUGUCAUCUCAGUUCGGCCCCAUGUUGAACUCGAUUCUCGGUUCCCGCGGUGGUCUACCAGGCGGUCAGAACAUCGACGAGCUGUUGCAGAAGAUGGAGUCGCUGAGGGAAACAAUUAGCGAGGUUAACUCGCAAUUCAAGGAUGCCGACCUGACCACCUUCGUCUGUGUCUGCAUUGCCGAGUUCCUGUCUCUAUACGAGACCGAGCGCAUGAUCCAAGAGCUGACGAGCUACAACAUCGACACCCAUGCUAUCGUGGUCAACCAGCUCCUGUUCCCGAAAGAAGGCAGCCAAUGCGAGCAGUGUACCGCACGGAGGAAGAUGCAGAAGAAGUACUUGGAACAGAUCGAAGAGCUGUACGAGGAUUUCAACGUCGUCCGCAUGCCAUUGUUGGUUGAGGAGGUCAGAGGGAAGGAGAAGCUUGAGAAAUUUAGCGACAUGCUUGUACACCCGUAUGCUCCCCCGGAGGGAAACUAAGGUGCCUUGGCUGAAGAGUUAGUGGUAUUUGCGGCGAACGUUGUUUUCUGGACGAGUCAUGAAAAGAGUAUAGACAAUAAUACACGAAGCAUUAAGAUUCCUG